AUGGCGCAAACAGAAGCUCUCGCUGCGACUCUCGCUGAGCUUAACCUGAGUGCACAGGGUCUUAGCGGGUCAGCUUUUGAUGAGCGACUUGCAGAAGAACAAAGUGGCCAAUAUCAGAAUCGGGGUCCUCGGCCAAGAGCCCGCCAAAAUGCCGAAGAUCUUAUUAAAGAGCUGGAGGCCGACUUCCUUACGCCAUCAUCUCAAUUUAGCCCCGAGUGGCUGAAUCGUUUACAAAGACGAUGGGAUGUGUCGACAGACUACAAGGAUCUUUUUGAGGUCGCACCGACCCAAACACGAACUAUUGUUCGUUUCGACCGUGAAGGCCUAGAAGGGCGUGUUACUGGCUACCAUGAAGUUACGGUUCCUGCCACCAGUGCAAAUGCAAAGAACUCAACAUCUCUGCUUCGUCGACCAGCUGGUCGCGCAGAUUUCGUUAGGGGCGCCGCUGGGUUCUUUCCCUUCGCGCCAGGUGGACUUGAUGGUGUUGAGGCUAUCGCUGAAUUGGAAUCUGAAGCCCAGGCAACAGAUAGCUCGAGACCAGGUGGCAAGCAAUCUGACCUUGACCGGAUCAUUAACUUCGGCGCUGAGGGUGGCCUCCUAGAAGUCGCUCCAGGGUUCAGUCGUGGCCUCAAAUUCGAGGUAGCAAAAUCCAAAGAAGCUGCUGAAAAUGAUCAAGAAGUCGAACAUGUCCUCCAGCAGGAGGAAGCUGAUCUUCCAGUUGAAAAGGACGACACGGCUUCAGAUGUUGGAGGAGUGAAGAUUGAAGACGACGAGCUGAGCGGAGAUGAGGAGGAUAUAGAUUCAUUACUGCCGGUUGAGUUCCCCGCACUGGAACCCCGUGCUCCUCUGUUAUCAGCUGUCCAGAAGAAGGGUGGCAGGGAAUGGGCUCACGUUGUGGAUGUUAACAAAGACAUUCCCAAUUUCAGCGAGCUUGUGCCGGAUAUGGCUAGGGAGUGGCCCUUUGAACUGGACACUUUCCAGAAAGAGGCUGUCUACCAUUUGGAGAGCGGUGAUUCCGUUUUUGUCGCAGCGCAUACGUCAGCUGGAAAGACAGUUGUUGCUGAAUAUGCUAUUGCUUUGGCUGCCAAGCAUAUGACCAAGGCUAUCUAUACAUCGCCCAUCAAGGCUCUCAGUAAUCAGAAGUUUAGGGAUUUUAGGACUACAUUUGACGAUGUUGGUAUCCUUACGGGUGAUGUCCAGAUCAAUCCAGAGGCAAGCUGCCUGAUCAUGACCACUGAAAUCCUCCGAAGUAUGCUUUACCGUGGAGCAGAUCUGAUUAGAGAUGUCGAGUUUGUGAUCUUUGAUGAGGUACAUUAUGUCAAUGAUCUCGAAAGAGGUGUCGUUUGGGAAGAAGUGAUCAUCAUGCUUCCUGAACAUGUCACACUGAUUCUCCUAUCUGCUACGGUCCCUAACACCUAUGAAUUUGCCUCUUGGGUUGGCCGCACGAAGAAGAAGGAUAUCUAUGUUAUUUCGACUGCGAAGCGACCUGUUCCACUCGAGCAUUACUUGUGGGCUGGUAAAGAUAAGUUCAAAAUUGUGGACUCAAAUAAGCGGUUCCUCGAAGGCGGUUGGAAAGAAGCAGAUAACAUUAUCUCUGGCAGAGAUAAGAUCAAAGCUCAAAAAGCUGCUGAGGCUCAGGCUCAGUCCCAAGCUCAGAGAGGCGGCCAGCAGGGAAGAGGGCGCGGCCAAGCUCCUGGCAGAGGGGGCCCUCGCGGCAAUUCGCAGCGUGGAGGUGCCCAACGCGGAGGUGGUGCUCAGCGUGGCAGAGGGCAGCCAGCUAACAGGGGUACCGGGAACAUUGCUCGUACAGGAAGAGGUGGUGGACGGACAACAGCUGCCCAGGAUAAGACUGUCUGGGUACAACUUGUCCAACAUCUCCGCAAAGAAAAUCUGCUCCCUGGUUGUAUUUUCGUGUUCUCCAAGAAAAGAUGCGAGGAGAAUGCCGAUUCACUCUCAAACCAGGAUUUCUGUAAUGCAUCGGAAAAAAGUCUUACCCAUAUGUUUAUCGAAAAGUCACUUACCCGCCUGAAGCCCGAAGAUAGGACGCUCCCACAGAUACUUCGUCUUCGCGACUUGCUAAGCAGAGGAAUUGCUGUUCAUCAUGGAGGUCUCUUGCCCAUUAUGAAAGAGAUUGUUGAGAUCCUGUUCGCAAAAUCAUUGGUUAAGGUUCUUUUCGCCACGGAGACGUUUGCUAUGGGACUGAAUCUGCCAACUCGUACAGUGGUUUUCUCGGGGUUCCGUAAACACGACGGUAAAGGCUUCAGGAACCUGCUACCGGGUGAAUAUACCCAGAUGGCUGGCCGUGCUGGGCGAAGAGGCCUUGAUACAGUCGGCUAUGUGAUCAUUACUAGCACUGGUAAAGACGAAGCGCCUCCUGCCGGUGCUUUGAAGCAGAUGAUCCUUGGUGAACCAACCAAGCUUCGAUCCCAAUUUAGGCUUACUUACAAUAUGAUUCUGAACCUCUUGCGUGUUGAGGCUUUGAGGAUUGAAGAGAUGAUCAAGCGCAGUUUUAGUGAAAAUGCCACGCAGGCUUUGCUUCCAGAGCAUGAGAAACAGGUUCAACUAUCAGAAGCCAGCUUGGCUAAGAUUAAGCGUGAACCGUGCGAUAUCUGCGACAUCGAUCUCGUGGCUUGUCAUAAUGCAGCCAUGGAGUACGGAAAGCUAACAAGUGAGCUGUAUGUUGGGUUGCUCGCCUCCCCUGUUGGGAAGCGUCUCUUUGUGCCCAAGCGGCUGGUGGUUUACAGGAAGGAUGGAUAUCGGACGGCUGGUAUUGUUGUUCGGGAAGGGGUUGGAGGAGGGCCCACGCCCACCGUACAGAUUCUUGAAAUCGGCAAACUAGGCGGCAGGCGUCAUCCAAGUGAUAUACUUCCCUUCCUUCCUAAAUUCCGACAUCUGUUUCAGACUCUACCAACCCGUGGAGCUGAUAUGACCUUAAAAGUUUGCAAGAUACCACUCUCCGAUCUGGAGUGUCUCACCAAUACUAUGGUGAAGUUGACUGGUCCAACAUGGUAUCUCAAUAUCAAGAAGGAGGCCAUUAAAUAUGCCGACAAAGAGCUGCAUAAAUACUGCGCAUCGUGGAUGAGCACCGCUUGGGACGAAAUCGAUUGGACUCGAAUCAAAGAGCUACAGGUGAGGGACAUACUAGAAAAGCGACAGGCUCAGGCAACAAUUGCCGAGUCCUGCAAAUGCUUGCAAUGCCCAGACUUCUUGAAACAUUUCGAGAUGCAACACGAUGAAUGGCAAGUCAAAGAGAACAUUUCGCAGCUGAAGCAAUUGAUGUCCGAUCAAAAUCUUCAGCUUUUGCCGGAUUACGAACAACGUAUCCAGGUACUGAGAGAACUAGGGUUCAUAGAUGAACAGUCUCGUGUACAGCUAAAAGGCAAGGUGGCAUGUGAGAUUCACUCAGCUGAUGAGCUUGUCUUGACUGAAUUGGUCCUCGAGAACGUCUUGGCUGAAUACGAGCCUGAGGAGAUCGUUGCACUUCUAUCCGCCUUUGUAUUCCAGGAAAAGACCGAGAAUGUUCCUACAUUGACACCGCGCUUGGAAAAGGGCAAGGAAGCCAUCGUUAAGAUUUCGGAGAAGGUGAACGACUUCCAAAUCCAAUACCAGGUCAUUCAGUCUAGUGAAGACAGCAAUGACUUUGCCAGUCAACCACGAUUUGGUCUGGCGGAAGUCGUCUACGAAUGGGCUAAGGGAAUGUCUUUCAACCGCAUCACUGACCUCACCGAUGUGAUGGAAGGUACCAUUGUACGAACCAUUACUCGUCUGGACGAAACAUGCCGGGAAGUGAAGAAUGCGGCGAAGCUGGCUGAGACACAGCCCGGCUUUAUAAAUGCGCUUUUGGAUAUUUUGCAAGGGGAACAAAAUAAUGCCGUCCAACUGUCGGCCGGUGUUUACCUGAAGAACCGAAUUACUCGUGGCUGGUCUUCCGUCGAAGAAAACCCACAGCGCACACCGAUUCCAGAGGGGGAGAAACCGGGCUUCCGUGAAAGGUUGAUCCCGGCCUUGGUAUCAACGCCCCCGAACGUUCGCGCACAGCUUGUCCCACUUCUCCAAAAGAUUCUCCAGCAUGACUUCCCCGAGCAGUGGCCGGGUUUCUUGGAUAUCACCCUCCAGUUGUUAGGCACCAACGAUGCAAGCUCGGUCUAUGCUGGCCUGCAGUGUCUGCUGGCCAUCUGCCGUGUGUAUAGAUUCAAGGCUGGUGAGAAGAGGGAGGAGUUUGAUAAGAUUGUCGAGCAUACGUUCCCUCAGCUACUUAACAUCGGCUUGAAGCUUGUCGAUGAAGAAAGUUUGGAGGCUGCUGAAAUGCUCCGAAUUGUCGUCAAGUCCUACAAACAUGCCAUCUAUUUCGAGCUCUCGCCGUUCCUGCAAACACACCAAGCGACUGUCGACUGGUGCACACUGUUCCUCAGAGUUAUCGCCAAGGAUCCUCCGGCAAACUCCAUGUUGGAAUCUAAGGAAGAGAGGGAGCUCAACCACUGGUGGAAAUGUAAGAAGUGGUCCUACGCUAACUUGAACCGUCUCUUUAUCAGAUACGGAAACCCCACUACAAUGACCAAGUCGAGCACGCCUGAUUAUACCCAGUACGCCAAGAACUUCAUCGCCACUUUCGCCCCGGAAAUUCUGAAGGGAUAUCUGCAGGAAAUCGAUAAGUGGGUUUCCAAGGGCCAGUGGCUUAGCAACCCUGCCCUCGCCUACACUUUGGUCUACAUGGAAGAAUGUGUCAAGCCGAAGGCGAUGUGGGACCACCUCAAGCCACACAUGGACAACUUGAUCGCUCAUUUUAUCUUCCCCAUCCUUUGCCAAUCCGACGAAGACAUCGAAUUGUUCCAGACCGACCCCUCCGAGUAUCUCCAUCGUAAGCUAAACUACUACGAGGAGGUGUCCGCGCCUGACGUUGCAGCAACGAACUUCCUUGUUGCUCUCACGAAGAACCGCAAGAAACAGACAUUUUCGAUCCUUACGUUCGUCAACGGCGUCGUCAGCAAGUACGAGGCUGCUCCGGAUGACCAGAAGCUUCCCAGGGAGAAAGAAGGCGCUCUGCGGAUGAUUGGUUCGUUGGCUUCAGUGAUCCUUGGCAAGAAGAGCCCUAUUGCGGAUCAGGUUGAAUACUUCUUUGUCCGUCACGUCUUCCCUGAAUUCCGCAGUCCCCACGGUUUCCUCAGAGCUCGCGCAUGCGACACUUUGGAGAAGUUUGAGCAGCUCGACUUCCAGGAUCCCAACAACCUUAUGAUCAUCUAUCGCAAUAUCCUUGAAUCGAUGACUGAUCCUGAACUUCCUGUAAGGGUUGAAGCGGCCCUUGCUUUGCAACCCCUCAUCCGCCACGAUAUUAUCCGCACUUCGAUGCAGCAGAACAUUCCUCAGAUCAUGCAGCAGCUUCUCAAACUCGCCAAUGAGGUCGAUGUGGAUGCCUUGGCCAAUGUUAUGGAAGAUUUUGUUGAAGUGUUCUCUGCUGAGCUCACUCCAUUCGCUGUGGCGUUGAGUGAGCAGCUCCGUGACACAUACAUGCGUAUUGUUGGUGAACUUUUGGAAAGAAACGCCGCGAAGGGCGAUGAUGAAUAUGGUGACUUCUUGGAUGAUAAAAGUAUCACUGCCCUGGGUGUCUUACAAACUAUUGGAACCCUCAUUCUCACUCUGGAGAGCACCCCUGAUGUCUUACUGCACCUUGAAACUAUCCUCAUGCCUGUGAUCAGCAUCACACUUGAGAAUAAGCUAUACGACCUCUACAACGAAAUCUUUGAGAUUAUCGACAGUUGCACCUUCGCAUCUAAGUCCAUCUCGCCCACUAUGUGGCAAGCAUUCGAGCUUAUUCACAAGACCUUCAAAGCGGGUGCGGAAUUGUACCUAGAGGACAUGCUGCCCGCACUUGACAAUUAUGUCGCAUAUGGCUCUCAGAUGAUGGUUCAGAACCCAGCAUACCUGGCGGCUGUUGUUAGUAUGGUCGAAGACAUCUUCCGCGAUGAGAAGGUUGGCGGUGUGGACCGGAUCUGCGGUUGCAAGCUAGCAGAGACUGUGAUGUUGAACCUGCGUGGCGGCAUUGACCAAUACAUUCCUCUAUUCAUUGAGUUGCCUAUGCGCGUGCUCGACGCUGACGAGGCAAAGACCAAGUCCUACCGCAUCCAUCUCAUCGAGAUGGUGAUUAACGCUAUCUACUAUAACCCUCUUCUCAGUCUUCAAGUUCUGGAGGCUAAGGGCUGGACGAACAAGUUCUUCAGCGCCUGGUUCUCCAACAUCGACAACUUCCGCAGAGUUCAUGACAAGAAGCUCUCCAUUGCAGCAAUUACCUCACUUCUGACCUUGAAUGCUGGUGAUGUUCCCGCGAGCGUGCAGCAAGGCUGGCCUAGGUUGCUUCAGGGAGUGACCAGACUUUUCCAGACACUACCUGCUGCGCUUAAGAACUUUGCCUUCGACGACGAGGAUGACGAAGGUGAUGAGGACAACGACUGGGAUGGAGAGAUUGAGUGGACCGACCAAGAUGAGACCGAGGGUGGCCCUGAGGGCGAUGUUCAAGAUGAGAGUGCCGCAUACCUUGAUUUCUUGAAUAAAGAGGCCCAGAAGUUCGGCUCCUUUGCGGAUGAUGAUGAGGAUGAUUUGGACGAAGAAAGCCUACUCGAGACGCCAUUGGACAAGGUCGAGCCGUAUGGCCUAUUCAAGCACGUCUUCCUGGGUCUUCAGCAGGAACAGCCGCAGCUCUAUGAGAACUUGACGAAGAUCUUGACUGCGGAGGAGCAGCAAGUGCUGCAGGCUGUCUUCCAUGAAGCCGACGCCAAGGCUUUGGCUGCUGCCAAUGCGGAAGCUGCUGCGGCGGGGAUCCAGACCAACGGAAAUUAG